CUUCCAGCGACAACUCUUCUGACCAAUCAGUGGCCGGCAGUCUGAUGACGUCACAUUUAGUAUCGGCUCGGCUCGCUUGGAACCUCAGCAGAGCAGGAAGAAUAUCAAAGCGUCUGCUAUCUGCCAGUACGCCUUCUCAGAUGUGCAGAAGGUUUUCGAGGGGCCGUACAUGGAGGUGCAGGACUCAAAGUGGAGGGAGUAACACGGGAAAGGUUCCUGAGCCGAGACCUGGAUCUUGUAUAACAGAUCUGCACAAAUCUCUGAACAUCAACUCAUCUCGAGAUCUACCAGACAACGUCCUCACUUUCGCCAGGAGGCAUCCUCUGAUGGCGAGCCAGGUGCAGCCGAUAGGAGUUCGCCCGCUCAUGUUCAAGAGAAGCGUCAACUACGUCAAGAUCGCCGUGCACAAGCAGCCGGCGCUGGACGGAAACAUCUAUACCGUCCUAUUUCUAGGAACCGAUGACGGCUGGCUGCACCGAGCCGUGGACAUCGACGGCGACAUGCACAUCAUAGAGGAGCUGCAGCUGUUUGAUAAAGCCCAGCCUAUAGAGAGCAUGGUCUUAUCCUCUGCUCUGCGGAGCAUUUACGUGGGCUCUCACUCCGGAGUCGUCCAGGUACCGAUGUCGGCCUGUCAGAGAUACACUUCCUGUUACGACUGCGUGUUCGCCAGAGAUCCCUUCUGUGCCUGGGACGGGAAGGUGUGCGUCGAAAUAUCGUCACGUGCACAGAGGUCAAACCUCACUCAGGAUGUCAUGAGAGGAGUCAGAGGCUGUAAGGAGAAUUCAGGAAAUGUGGUUCAUCGGAGGCGUUCUGUGAUGUCCGGCGAUGAUGUGCUACUCCAGUGCGAACUCCGCUCCAACCUGGCGACCCCACGCUGGACGCUAAACGGCAAAGAUCUCCAAGGAUACGGGCUGAGUUCGGGCUACCGCAUCGGCACAGACGGCCUCCUGAUAAUCGGGGCUCGUUCUCAGCAGAGCGGGACGUACCGCUGCUUCGCCGUGGAGAACUCCGUCUCCGUUUUGGUUUAUCUUUACACCGUCAGAGUGCACACAGAUUCCUAUUUCCCCGUCGAGCCCACAGCCACGACUAACCCCACCACGGUUUCCAGCCCGACCGUUUUCUCCACCACCAGCAGCCCCACUGAGCAGCCUCUGCCCUCCCCUCCCGCCCCGAUGCCUCCGGGACCCGAAUUCCAGACGUUCAGACACAUGGAGGCCGUGUACAUCUCCCUGGUGGCGGUCCUCGGAGGGCUGUGCCUGGUGUUGACAGUGGUGCUGCUUUACGUGAGCUUCUGCACCAGACAGGCCUCUCGGGACAGGAAGUUCUCCCAGCAGGGGCUGCAGGUCCUUGGGGCGUCUGAGAGAAAACGGAGCUCCCAUUUCGAGCUUAAAACCAUCUCCAGCCACUGCAACGGCCGCCAGAGUCGUCGCUCCAUCUCAGUGCCGACGUUUGCAGACUUGGGCGACGGCUUUCUCCAGAUAGUCCCAGGUGAGGGGCAGCUGUCUCCAGCCAGAACUCCUCCUCCAGCUCCUCCUCUUCCUAUGCCGCCCCCGCUGCCCAACAUGGACUACGCCAACGGGCUUUCGUCCACUCUGCCCAGCGUGCUGCGGAAGAUGAACGGGAACAGCUACGUGCUACUAAGCCAGGCGGACGCCGAAGGCAUGUCGCCGCUCUACCACUCCUUCACAGAGGAGCUCAACAGGAUCCUGGAGAAGAGGAAACACACACAGCUGGACAUGCAGCCUGACGAGAGCUCCAUCUAGGACCCUCCUCUCUGUCUUUUAUUGGUUAUUUAUUUAUUUCUAACCCCAACGGUGACCCCCUGUAAGUCGUGGGAAAAACUGUUGUAUCAAACGCUGCUGUUAUUUACCCAGUGUCAGAGUAUCUGCAGGUCCCGUCCCGAAGCCCUCAUGUGACAAACGGCCCUGAUGGACAAAACUAACCAGAGAUCACGAUUCUUCUUCUGGAGCUGUGAAAACUUUGGCCUACUUUGGACUACACUAUAACAUUUUCUUUUUUCAAAAAUCACUCUGAAUGGAGAGCUGGAUAAUGUUACCUCAGUGUAGAUACUCUGGAGGCCAGUGAACGACGGUGGGCAGGUGGCAGAGAAAAGGAUAAAGGGACAUGGGUACAAAGAUUAAAAUCAGGCUGAACAACGUCAACGUCAAGGAGGCGAUUUUUUUAAGACUGUGGAGGAGUUCAGAAAGUGUAAAAUUAGCCAAAAUCAGUUUUUUUGCAUUAUUACACCACAUAGAGUUAGGUUACUGCAGGAAAUACGAACACAUGGCCCCUAUGUGUUGGACUUUUGAUGUGCAGAUGUUCCUAUUUGUCCCUCGUGAGCGGUUUUGACUCAUCCAUUUCCCCAGGACUGUUCUCCGUAUCAAUAACUGCCAUCCAUUAAAUCCUCCGACAGGGCUUAUGGUAAUACUAGCGGAUCCACCUGGUAUGCAUCGUCUGGCAUUUGGCACCCCCGCUCUUCACUUCAAGACAUUUUAAGGAUUUUUAUGAGCAAAAAAAAGGAUUGAUGGCAACAUUUCCAAACAGUCAGAAACAAUUCAUCUCUUCAUAUACAUCAUCAUCUUGGCACAUCUCAACUUCUGAGUCACAUCAGUGGCUAAUAAAGAGACACAACCCCCUCCUCCCCCCCCCCCCAGCUCCUCACUCAUAUGUGCUGACCCCUUCAGUCUCUUCCUAUACAUGCACUUAUCUAUCAAACUAAAGGACUAUUAAAAGACUUGUCAUAACAAGCUGAAAAGGAAGCGAUGUAUUUAUAUGUAAUGAGCAUAUGGACGGACUCAGCUGAGAGGAAUCGUUGUCAAAGUGAUGUUUUGAAUCACUUCUUUUUUCUACAGGAAGAGAUAUGAAUCCUGCUGCAAACUGGAAUCCAUUAUAUUGCUGCUACUAAUUUAACAAUUACAUUUUUUGAUUAAUCUUUUAGUCUAAAUGUCAUAAAAGUAGUUUAAAAAUGCAGAACAUCAUUUCUCACAAGUCGUCAAUUUCUCCAAAGUGAUUCAAUUUCUAAUUAUACUCAAACAGAAAAAAGCUAAAUUCUCACAUCCUCACUUUUCAAGCCUCUCUGUCUGUAAGCCGUCAGAAAGUGAAUGAUCAGUAUCACUUCAACAAUCCGUCUCUGUUACAUUACAAGAGAGCACAAAUCAUACAUCGCAAUCCAUGCA